AUGUCCGGCUCCGGCAGGAAAGACUUCGACGUGAAGCACAUCCUGCGCCUCCGCUGGAAACUGUUCAGCCACCCCUCGCCGGCGGGCGGCCCGGCGGGGGGAGGCUGCCUGCCGCCCGACAGCAGCUUCGAGCACUGGGGACCGAGCCAGAGUCGCCUGCUGAAGAGCCAGGAGAGAGGCAACGGUGUCUUCUGGAAGAAAUCCGCCUCCUCCGCCUCCUCCUCGGCCACCACGGGCAGCCCGCCCAACGGGACGCUGCUGCCCGCCGGCGGCCGGCCGGCCACGGGGCACGGCCCGGGACCGCCGCCGCCCCGCACCGUCUUCUACGUGGAGUCCCUGGAGGAGGAGGAGGAGGAGGAGGCGGUGCCCGGCGGGAUGGAGGUGGCCCGCGAGCCCGAGAAGCCCUUGGCACCGCCGGAGCGGGAGGAGGCGCCGGGGGGCUGCGCCGAUGGAGGCAGCCGGGCAACAGGUGACGGAGGCGGGCACAGACUGUCAGGAGCCAGCCACCCCUUGCCACCCCACUGUGACAUGGAUUCGUGCAGCUCCGAGGAAUUCUAUCAGGCUGUUCACCACGCAGAGCAAACCUUCAGGAAAAUGGAGAGCUACCUGAAACAGCAGCAGCUCUGUGAUGUUAUCCUGAUUGCUGGGGAUCGCAAGAUACCUGCACAUAGACUUGUCCUCAGUUCUGUCUCUGACUAUUUCGCUGCCAUGUUUACAAGUGAUGUUUGUGAAGCCAAGCAGGAAGAGAUCAAAAUGGAAGGCAUAGACCCCAAUGCACUGUGGGACCUUGUUCAGUUUGCAUAUACAGGCUGCCUGGAAUUAAAAGAAGACACCAUUGAAAACCUCCUAGCAGCUGCCUGCCUCCUCCAGCUCCCCCAAGUAGUUGAGGUUUGCUGCCAUUUUCUAAUGAAGCUUUUGCACCCGUCCAACUGUUUGGGAAUACGAGCAUUCGCUGAUGCACAAGGGUGCACAGAGCUUAUGAAGGUGGCUCACAACUACACCAUGGAGAAUAUAAUGGAAGUUAUAAGAAAUCAAGAAUUUUUACUUCUACCAGCGGAAGAACUCCAUAAGCUUCUUGCCAGUGAUGAUGUGAAUGUUCCUGAUGAAGAGACCAUUUUCCAUGCCUUAAUGAUGUGGGUGAAAUAUGACAUGCAGAGGCGAUGCAAUGACCUAAGUAUGCUGCUUGCUUAUAUCAGAUUACCACUCCUUCCUCCUCAGAUAUUGGCUGACCUGGAAAACCAUGCACUUUUUAAGGAUGACCUAGAAUGCCAGAAGCUUAUUCUGGAAGCCAUGAAAUAUCAUCUUUUACCAGAAAGAAGAACUCUCAUGCAAAGUCCAAGAACUAAGCCUAGAAAAUCUACAGUUGGAACACUUUAUGCUGUUGGAGGAAUGGAUAACAACAAAGGAGCUACAACUAUUGAAAAGUAUGAUCUCAGAACAAACAUAUGGAUUCAGGCUGGAGUAAUGAAUGGCAGGAGGCUGCAGUUUGGUGUUGCUGUCAUCGAUGACAAGCUGUUUGUCAUUGGAGGCCGGGAUGGUUUAAAGACAUUAAACACUGUUGAAUGUUACAAUCCAAAGACCAAGGCUUGGACUGUGUUGCCACCAAUGUCAACACAUAGACAUGGCUUAGGAGUUACAGUGCUUGAAGGGCCUAUUUAUGCAGUGGGAGGACAUGAUGGUUGGAGUUAUUUGAACACAGUUGAGAGGUGGGACCCUCAAAGUCAGCAGUGGACAUUUGUGGCAAGUAUGUCAAUUGCCAGAAGCACUGUUGGAGUAGCAGCAUUAAAUGGCAAGUUAUAUUCAGUUGGAGGUCGGGAUGGAAGUUCAUGUUUGAGUUCAAUGGAAUAUUAUGAUCCUCACACAAAUAAAUGGAAUAUGUGUGCUCCUAUGUGUAAGAGAAGAGGAGGUGUAGGAGUGGCUACCUGCGAUGGCUUUCUUUAUGCCGUAGGAGGUCAUGAUGCUCCGGCUUCUAAUCACUGUUCUCGACUGCUGGACUAUGUGGAAAGGUAUGACCCAAAAACUGAUACAUGGACAAUGGUGGCUCCUCUGAGUAUGCCUCGAGAUGCUGUUGGUGUUUGUCUCCUUGGUGAUAAACUAUAUGCAGUAGGUGGCUAUGAUGGUCAGUCAUACCUGAACACUAUGGAAGCAUAUGACCCUCAAACUAAUGAGUGGACACAGAUGGCUUCCUUAAAUAUUGGAAGAGCUGGUGCCUGUGUUGUAGUCAUCAAACAACCAUGACUUUGUCAGCACUGCUUAGGAUUUUACUGACUGUGAAAUGAUUAUUUUUCUAUGAGACAAAGAGAAUGAUAACGUCACAAGAACAAGGAUUUACACAGUGAAUACUCAGUUGAUCACAAACUUGAAGAAGUUUGGAAGUGACAAAGAUUAAGUAUUUAUGCCCUAUAAAAAUCAUAAAACCGUUCACUGGCAGUGAACAAGAAAAAAGCCCCCAGAGUAUUGUAGGCGUAAAUAUGUGAAUGUAGAGUAGUAAGUUCAGGUAUUGUUCUCAUGAAUGUGUCCUGGAGAACUGGAUAAUCAUGGGAAAUCUACAUAAAGGGUGGAAAGGAAUAUGAGAACAGUUUUCAUGGCUGCAAGAGAACUGCUGAAACAUGAAAAUAUAUUUAAUCAAUUUUAAACUGUGUUUUUUUAAAAUAGAAAAGUGGAUAGUAAUAUAAUUUUUUUGCUGUUCAGGUCUUGUCUUCAAAUGGGUCAUGGUCUUCUCAUGUAAAUGAGCAGUUUGACUCUACUGAAAGGAAGAGGUCAAAUGGUCUGGAUAUUCAUAGUGACUGAGCUGUGACUCUAGAGUAGGAAGAAAUACAAAACUAAAAGUAGACUUUUUUGUAACUUCAGAUUGUACCUCCUCACCAGUGUUAGUGCAUCUUAUAAAUGAGUCAGUUAAGGGGGAAGCCUGUGUGUUUAAUCAACUAAUAUAUAAAGCAGUCCUGUGGCCACUCUGGGGCUUUGCUGCAAAUAUGGGAGUCAAAGAAACAGUUACCUAAUUCUUUCUUAAUCCUAUAUUCAAUUUAAACAUGUGGGCUCUAACCUCAUUGUUAAAUGCAUCUACUGCAUGUUGGAAGCUCAUGACAGGCUGGAAAAUUUAUCCCUUAUUUCACUGCACCAUGUUAAUGGACAAAUCGUGACAAAAACAGUCUAUAGAGCCUCUUUGAACAUUUCAAGAGGGAGAAAAAUCCUACAUUUUAUUUCUUUCUGAUGCUUGUACAUACACAGUUUUGCCUAUUUAGAGCUGCCAAUUUAUGACUUUCCACUUAUGACUGAGAAUAAUUUCAAGUCAGGAAAUCAGAAUAAAUGCAAGUGGAAUAAGGAAAAUUAGAUCAUUUGCUCUAACAAAGUUCAUAUGGUAAAUAUACUAGUGUCAUCUGUGCUUCCCUUUAGGGUUGAUAAUUUCUGCCAGUAAUGAUAGUUUGAGCUUUUGCUUUGGCAGUAGAUUUGAUGCUGAUGCUUUCUGUCUGCUCGGCUGAAUCAGUUAGAACCUAAGGCCGCUACUGGAAUAUGAAAUUCUGCUAUUCAGGGAUGCACAGCUUCUGGGAACAGGGCACCAAAUAUACUUCUCUAAAGCUUUACUGAUCCUAUGGGAGACAUUUCAUGGCCCAAAAGCAGAAACCUCACAAUCCUCUGUUGCUAGCAAUUCAGAGAAAAAAUUCUGGUUGUACUAAAAUGAGUUUUCUUAGUGGAAACAUCUGCAAUCAUUUGAGAUGAAAAAAUACAUAGAGCUUCCAUCUUGGGACAUUUGAUUUGAAGACGUGUCUUUCCUUCUAACUGCAUCACUAUUCAUGGAGCUCUUUGUUUACUGAUGUAAGCUGAAUUGCAAUUCUGAAGCCUAAGUAUAUAGAUUGAAAUCUUUUAAAUAUUUCUCCAUCCUAAUUUGGAAUCAGCUGAAAACUCUUCAAUAUUAAUUUUCCACAACCAGUUGCCUUUUGAAUUGCAAUUAGUCUUGCACAGACAAGCAUGUGAAUUUUUCUCCAACUAUAGCAAAUUAUUGAAUAAAAAAUGUCACCUCUCUCAAGAUUUUGCUUUGCAUAAACACAAGUUUUGGAGACCAAAUGAAGAUUCUAGAAUUAUAACUGUAAUUAAAUAGGCAUUCAGUUCUCCUACAGAGAUAGUUAAAGAAUUUAGAAAUUUAAUUUUAAUUCUAUUCCCAGAAUUUUCUUUUGAUUUCAUUAUAGUCAUACAUAAUAGAAAUAUUAUUUCUCCACCUAUUCACUGAUCAUCAAAAUUGGAUUAUUCCUAUUUUAUUCUGUGGCAAAUUUGUUUUAAGCGCCUUGUUCAUUAUUUUCCUCCAUUUAUCCUCAAUUUAAUUUUUGAUUCUCAAUUUUAUUUUCCGCAUUUUCAAUUUGCUUUUGUUUUACCAAAAAGAUUCUCAUGUGAAUUUUUCAGUCUAUUCCACUUCUCUUAUUCUGAAAGAAUAAAAUAAAUAUUUGUAUUAUUUUGAUUAUGUAAAAUCUAGCCACAAUAAGAACCAAAAUUUGCUUUCAUAUUAUUUUUAUAAUACUGCUACAAAUUUUUUCCAAAGAGAAUUUAUGAAGAAUUUAUUUUUUUUUCCUUACCAUGAUGUUUACUUUAAUCAAAAAUAGUAAUAGUUUUACCUUUGUUUUUAAAGGAAAUAUAUUUAAAUCCAAGUACUAUAUAAUUGUUGUCUUGAUUUCUGUGUUUCAUUAAGACACAUUUUUUAUCUAUAAGAGUUAAAAUCACUUCUGAUGCACUAAAUUGUGCUUAACAAUAAUAAGUCUACAGGAAAAGUAAUUUCAAAAAACAGGUGAUCUUGUUGAUCUACCAUGGUUUCUUUUGUCUCACAUUAUCUCUUUGAUUUCAAAGUAUAAAAAUCACAGCAAAAUCAAAGCUGUGGCAAACAUUAAUUUCAGUGAAAUCAAUGACUAAAUUCCUCAAAAAGUUGGUUUUAAGUUUACGAGUUUGAUGUUCUAGUUUAGUAGUCUAAUUUAAUAUUCUAUUAAUAGUCUGGUUCAAUAUUCUAUGUUCUAAAAUGUUAGCUUUUUCUCUGUCUUUCCAACUUUUUAACUAGAAUGUCAGCCAGUUUAACUAAAAUAUCUGUUUCACAUAACCUGGACUUAGACAUAAGAAUUAGAUCAUUUUUAUCUUUUUGCUGUUUAUUUUUAUAUAUGAACAUCUUUUGAUCUCAAACACAAGUAAAAGUAAUUAAAAUUACAGUCCUCUGAAGUAAUUCACAUUAAUGCCCUCUGGGACUGUGGAGAUAUCUUGCAUUUCUCUGUUCAAUGUGUCAAAAAGACACAUUUUCUAAAUUUAUUAAUGAUUUAUUAGAAAUUUUAUUAAUUUCCUUUUUGCUGCCACUGGUUUUGAGAUAGAAAGGCGGCCAAGGAUGUGAAUGCUAGAAAAGUUAUUUUUGAAUGGAUGAGUCCAUACAGAUUUUUAUAACAAGUUAGAAAAAGCAAUACUGUCAGAAAGUGAUCAUUCUUGGACUGUGGCCAAGAAAUCAUAGACUCAUAGCACAAAGAAUAGAAUCACAGAAUUGAGAUAAUCUGGUUCCAACUCCACUGCUGUGGGCAGGGGCACCAUCCACUAAACCAGGUUUCUCAAGGCCCCAUCCAGACAGACCAAAUUUGCUCCUUGAGGUGCUUUAAGAAGCAAUUCCUAAAUGGCAAAAUAAGCAGGUUUCCCAGAAGAGGAAAUUCAUAUAGCUGUGGCACUGCAGUUAAUAUUUAUUAAUAAAAAUAUUAAAGAAAUCAUAGAAGAAAUUAUGUUUUUUUGCAGGGCUUUAAUUGGUAAUUUAAAUAAACAAAAUAAAGAAAAAUACCAUAGCACAAUAUGUCUCUGUUUUUGAAAUAAUUAAUCUUUCUGAUUUAAUAUCUCUCAAAAUGCUAGGUGGUUAAAGUUCAAGAAUAUAUUUUUCUAGACAUUCUGAAGCUGAAUAAAUAUGGAAUAAUUCAAGAUGAACUCAAUAGAAAAAAUCAAGAAAAAUACGUAAUUUUUUUAUUACACUCUUGAUGUCUUUCAACAAACAGUGUAGUGUUAAAAAACCCAUUUUACAAGAUAAAUACUUACCUUAUAAUCCUCUACUACAUCAGGAACUGUUAAUUACCGUGCAGAUUUGGACUAUUCCUUUGUGGUAUUUUUUAUAUUUACAGUUUUUUUAUUAGUGCCAAUGAUGGAUGUUAGGAAUAUAAUCCAUAUUAGGAAAUAUCUACAUAUAAAAAUGUCAAUUAAUAGCUAUUCUUUUUUUAGAGCACUUUAGUAUUGACAUUAUGUGAUCCAAUUUUAUAGAAAAGUUUUGCACUGUUAUCAAAGUCACAAAUAACAUUUUGCAUUGGCUUUAAUUACAAUUAUUUAAUAAUUAUUUUAAUAUAUGUUCUUGCAAUACAAAUUAUUUAUACUGUUGAAAAAUCAGAAGUAAAUUUUAAAAUAUCCUUUAACAUAUAGAACAGACAUUUUAUUCAUAUAGAACUUGUCCAAUUAUUAAGACAAUUUUAGGAUGCUUUCAGGGAGUUUCCUGACUUAUAACUUUUCUCUCUUAAGCUAACAUUAAUUGAUAUAAGGGAACCAUUCUGGCACAGACAAAGGAUCAUUUCCAUGAGUACCAUUCUCUUCUACAGAAACCUGCCAUCACUUGAUCAUUACUUUAAAAAUAAUUUAGUUUAAAUAUAUCUAGAAAAUUCUAUAUAUUAUUCAGAUACUUUCAAUAUGAUUAGAAGGCCCAUAUAAAUCCCCUUAAAUAUGCUUAUGUCUUAAACAUUUUAUAUUACUUCUAUAAAAGUAACUUACAAAAUAAAUUUGAGGUUAUGCAAGUUUUAAUGGCUCAGAAAGUGAUGUCCAUGAGCAAACACCAGAAACGCUGUGCAUGGUGAUUAUGAAUGAAAUGCAGUUUUUCCACAGGAUAAUUUACAUUCUGGAAAACUUUCCUUAUUAUUUUGCCCACAAUGAGCUGGGGAAAACAAAAUGUGACCUAUGACCUAUGUUAUCUAUGAAUUUGCAUUAGUUAUUUCAUGAGGAAUAAAUAGAGAAGGCAUUUCCACAAACACUACAUAAAAGCUCUUGUAACUGUUAUCAAAUAGCAGUAAUAGAUUGCAUCAAUUUUAAUUCUUGCAAUAACAAAUUAUUGGAUUUUCUGCAUUUACUGUACCAAGAAAAUGUCUAUACACUAGGUAAUGCAGGCUCACUGCCAGCUCAGGAUUUCAAUAUGUUAAAGUAACUCCAGAUAUAAUUCUUUAAGAACAGAUUAUUGAUGCAGUAUAUCUGUUCUAACUUAAAUGAGAAUGCGUAAAAUAUUCAGCAGAAUAAUUAUUCUUCAGCAUUGUUCUAAAUCCAGUGUAAAGCUGCUCAGAUUGGCAUAACCUUGCAAUUCAUUGCAAAUUCCCUCAUUAGAGUUCUGCUUCAUAGUUCAUCCUUCAUGGGGACUGGGUACACUUCAGGACAGAGAAACGACUGAAAAUGGUUAAAUCAGCAAAAAUUUGAUUUCCACAUGUAGGAGUACAGCUUUCAGACAUUAAACAAUAAAGAAAAUUACUAGCACAGGUAAGAACUGCAGUGACAGGGAACGAUGCAGCUUCAAAUCACUGGGUAUUCACAGCUUCACCUUGGGGAAUCUAUACAGCUUUCAAAUUCAUCCCACUUCAAUAAAGAUUUGGCUGGCACAUUUCAGUCACAUAGUGGAAAUUCUCCCAUACAGACAUAGUGUGAAAACAGACUUUUUGGCUUAGGUCUUGUGGUGGCUUUUUUUUCUUGUUUGUACAUCUGUAUAUUUUCCAGGAUAUCAGUUAAUUUUAAAUGAUCAUUUGUUCCACUUGAAAGGUAAAAGAGCAGGCUGAAUGAAUAAAUACCCAUUUCUUAAAAUACCCAUUUCUUAAUAAAGAGGGUUCUACUGUGUAAAUUUCCACAUCAGAAUUAUGCAUCCAAAGGAUUUUCUUAUAGCCAGAAUAGAAAAAUCACUAUUUCCAGGACAUGAUUCAUCUCAUUAAUAAGGUGAAAUAAAUCACACUUUAAAAAUGUGUUUCUCUCCAUUGACUGCAAAAGUGCCUACAAUGACUAGUUCAGACAGAAUUACUUAAGUUGGAUAAGAUGAAUCUCUACCCUUUGAUAAAUGCCUAGAAGGAACUGGCCCCACAAAUGUUUCUUUCCAAUAAAUUUGACGGGAAUUUAAUUUAGAAUAUAACUGCAAGACUCAAAUAUGCAUUGAAAAAAAACCAGUUUCCCUGUUCUGAUAUCAAACACUCUUAUGAUAUUCAGAGAGUGAGUAAUUUGGAGCUUUCAAAUGACAUGCAAAAGAAGUAAAAGAUAUCUCUUUGUUAACUUAGAGGGAGAAGAAAUGUUCAGAAAAUUGCCGCUGCAGCUCCUGGUUGGCUAAAUUUUAGAUAUCCUGGAUUUCAGGGAUAAGGGAGCAAUUUAAUUCAGUAACCUGCAAAACAUAUCUAUAUAAUUAAGCUUUAGAAACUUUUAGAACAUGAAAUAGGAUUAUUUAAAAAUUUAGGAUUGCUGUAAUUGGUGGGCAUCAUUAUUCCAGGUCUUUGUGUGGGAAGAGAAAAACUGAAGAAAAGGAGGCGCCUCCCACCAGAUGGGUCAUCUCAUCCAAAUGUAGGCACACAGAAAAAUCACCUGCUUGAAAUGCAUGUUUCCCUCUUUGAUUUAUAAAGAUGCCAAUGAGAAUAACCAGAUUCAAGCACCUAAAUUAGUAGAAAUACCAACAAUGAAGUGUAGAAAAAUUCCAAUAUUAUGAUCUGUCUGAAACUCUAAAUCUGCUUGACUUGCUCAUAGAUUUAUCCAUGUUAUCAUUUCUCUCACAAGUAGAUUACACCAUACUUCAUAUUCUUUGACAGGUCUCUGUAUAUAGACAAUUAAAGAGAAAUAUUUUGUGUGAUAAAACUCAACUUUUGAAAUAACAUCCAUUGUAAAGCUGUUGCAGGUGAAUUUCUUGUUUUAAUGAAAGUUCACAGUUUUGUGCACUUCUGCACAAAGUGCAAAAACACUGGAUUAAUUGCUCAUUUAGUUAUAAACUGUAAAUAUUUAGCACCUUCUAAAAUCACAGAUCAUAUUUGCUCUUUAAAAUCAGAUGCUUAUUUUUUUAUUCCAUUUUUCAAAAUUGUGGCUAUAUUUUACAUAAGACAUUUUUAUGCAACACCUGUUUAUUUGUCUGGAACCUUGCAGAAAAAUACAUGUCACGAUUCUGCUGGAAUUAGAUUACAAAACACACAAGCUUUUAUAAAUGUAUUUUCUAUGUCACUUAACAUGUCUUUGGUUGUUUAGUUAACUUUAGGGAACUGACUCAGAGUUGUUAAAAAAUAUAAUAAAAAAUGAAACCAAAAUUUUGGUUUAAGGAAUUUAAAGAAUGAAUUUUACUUGCUUGACUGCUCUCUUUCCCCUCUUCCCUCUUAAAAAGCAACAACAACAGCAAAAAAGUAACCAAACAAACCCCCAGAUAAGUUCUAUGUAUUUUUUAAUUUCAUUGUACAUUCAACAAUUGUCAUAAAUUAUGAUUAAUUGUAAAAUUAGACAGAGGAAGAGCUGCAACCAAACUGACACAGAAGUAACUAUGAUACACAGAUUGAAGGUCUUCAUUAAUUGGGGAAAUAAAAACUCAUUUUUCUAGAAUGGUCUAGUAAACACAAAGUGUCAGCAGACUUAUGCUAAUGGAUGACUCAUUCUUUAACUAAAAUGCUUCUGCCUUCACCUUGCAUACCAAAAGAGCUUGUAUCAGAUUAUGGCUGCUUGCUUUGAGGAGGAGACUGCAAAAUGAGGUUUGAGUCUUUAGUGCAAGAGGGACAUUGUUAAAGCAGGAAUGUAAGCUGGUUACAGCAUGGUUAUCAGCAUGUCACAAAUAGAACCUUUCCAGGCCUGUCACAUGUGCAUGCAACUGUUUGCAGAUGCAUUAUAAGAUUUUUGCAUCAAAAGGAUCCAGUCAGAAGUUUUGAAGCUUUAGUCGAAAACAAAAUCAGUAUUGAAGAAAUAUCUUGGGAUGUUGACAUAUGAGUUUACUUAGUAUGGAAACAGACUGCAGAGCAAAGUAAGUGUACAAUGUUUUGGAAUGUAAGACAACAAAUACAUGGAGAAAAUGUAUAAAUGUGGUUGUAAAUACAUUCAAUUAAGCUGUCCUAAGUUUUGCAAUAUUUGCAGAGCAGUUUACUGAAUGUUAUGCUUUUACCAUGGUUCCAUUAAAUCUUGGACAUGUAUGUAUAGAAAUGCAAGUGAAGACAAUAGAGCACAAUGUUAAACUCUUAACCUUUGUUUGACACAAAUUGUUUCUAAGAAAUUUGAAUCUUGAAAAUGUCACUGUGCAAAAAUAAACAUGCCUGUUUUUAUGUGUU